ACCUCGGAUUUUUAGCUUAUCCGUCGCAGUUGCCAUUGAAAAGUGAAACAAGACAGUUGUCAGGAUGGCAGAUACAGGAAAAGAUUACAUUUCAAACAGUGCUGAUCCUAAAAAUAUCCAGGAUCUCACAGGCUUUGUUCAGAACCUGCUUCAACAGAUGCAGGACAAGUUCCAGAACAUGUCUGACCAGAUCAUCACAAGGAUAGAUGAAAUGGGAAACAGAAUCGACGACCUUGAGAAGAAUAUCGCUGACCUUAUGACUCAGGCUGGCGUUGACGACCGGGCGUAAAAGUCGUAAUCAUGGAAACCAGGUCAUGUCAUUGUCAUGGCAACCAAAUAUCUACAGUGUGAUAUCAUCUUUAGUGGUCCAACCGUUUCUCACAUACUUUGUGUGUGGUUUUCUCAGUAAUGCGUGUAGCUGCUACAUUUUAUACUGUGUGGCUGGAAAAAUUUCAACAAGUUCUUGAGCACCUUCGAUGAAAGACCCAAUUUGUAAUUGAGAAAACAGCUAAAAUGGAAAAUGCGGGAAAAUUAUUGUAAUAAAACUUUAGAUUUAGUGCAAAUAAGAUUGUUAUGGAAGUCAUGUAUAUAUAUAUGUUAAUGAAAUAGUGUGUGUGUAUACAUGUUCAUUCCUCAAGUUUGUUAUUCAACCAGGGAAUAUUUAAUUAACACCGUCACAAAAUGAAUUAAGAGUUUAUUUAUACUAAUAUUUAUUUUUUGUUAAAAGAGUGGGUUGGUCAUUCAUUCAUGUAUCAUGUUUUAUGUGUAUUGAUCAAAAUGUUGUCACAAUAUUUGCAUGGUGUAAGAUUUCAUUAUUUAUUCAUAUUAACUGUAACACAAAACAAAUGAAUUUGUCAUGUGCAAAUGAUUCUGUGUUGGAUAUCUCACAAUUGUUGUUAAUUCAUUUAUCAGGUGAAGUUAUGAUGCUGUAUGUAUCUGAAACUUAAUUACUUUCCAACCAUUCAAAGAUUUUCCCAUGGUUUUUGUGUGCACUUAAAGUAUUUGUAUUACAAUCAAAGAAAUUCAAAUGAUCAUAUUAUAUAUGUAAUAAUAACAUUAAUGUCUAUCAGAAAGUGAUAUAUUAUGAUAUUAUUAAUUUUGACAACAUUUUAAAAUCUCCAUUUCAUGUCAUCUCAACUUCAUCUGAUUGUUAAAUGAAUGUUUUGUUACAAACCCAACCAGCCAGUGACUUUAUGCGUCACAGGUGCCUUGAUGUAGAUUUUAGUUUGUGAACACUGUGUCUAUGUUUCCAGUCUUGUUUUAGUCCAGUUUCCCACAAUAACCAGUAUUGAAUAAUUAAACCAUCCAAUCAAAUUAAAGAACACUGUUAACAUUUUAACUUUAUGACUAAGUAAGAUCUUGAAAAAUAAAUACAACUUGAAAUACUGGUGUUUACUUAAUCAAGAACUUAAUUUCAUGCAGAUGCCAAAUGCAGUACUGCUCAAGAUAUCUUGUUUUUCUCUCAGUUACAAAACUAUGCAAUAAGAACUACAUCGGAUGUUGUGUGAGGAUAGUGAACAGAAUGAUCUUCUGCGAUUGGUUAAGACACGAUUAUUACGAGACUUGUUCAUUGGUACAGAACUGUUAAGAGCAAAUCGAAGUUGUCAUAGAGAUAUUUGGCAAUCAUCACAUCACAUUCCUCAAUGCUCUAAAUAUGCUGAGCUUGUCCAAGUUCUGAAAAUACACAUGGCCCCAAUUUCUCGAAACUUCUGAAGCUUAACAGGCUUAAGUAGCUUAUUUCAAUUCAGCAAAGAAUAUUCUUAAAUUGGAAUUUAAUUAAUAAAAAAGGUUUAUUGUGAUUAUCAUAAUGAUAAUCUCCAUCUAAAGCAUAAAAACACUUAAAGAAGUAAAUAUUACGCAAAUUGUUGAAAGACAAAAAUAGUGAUCUUAGCUUAAUCAUGUUAUAUGGGAACUUUCGAGAAAUUGGUGCCAUUCUUAUAACAACCGAUUGAGACAAGAAGUCUGUAAAAGGAUCCGCCAUAUAUCGAGGACUGUUAAAUCAUUACAUCCCAAUACAUGUACAUGCAUGUAGUUCUGUUCCUAUGCCUUACAACACGUUGUUUCAGGUUUACAACAGCCAAUAUUAAAUGUCGUUAAGUAUCACACUGUUACAUUACUUCUUGUUAACUUUCUGUGAAUGUUUGUGACAGUCUUAGUAGAAUAGUUAAUAGUUUUGAUUUCGUGUGUCAAGCAGCAAUUAUUUUUAUAAAAUUUCUCUUUUCUUAACAGUUACAAACAGAACAGUUUAACCGGUAAACCGUUAUUAACAGUUACAUAAUGUUGUUUAUAGGUGGUCAGUUGACUGUUUGUUUGUCUCUAGAAAACUGCAAUAUUUACUACUAUUUGUUUUUAGACAUGGUUUUUAGUCCCUUUAGUGAUGUCAAAGUGAUAUAAAUUAUAUACCCCUUUUGUUGUGAAUAAAAAGUAGAAUUUGAA